AUUUGAUAUUAUUAAUAUUACUGUUAUUGGCGUUGGGUAUAGCUCGGUACCGAUAGGCAAUUUCCGGCUCGGUAAUUUCCGCGCUUUCCUUUUCUCGUCGCUGAGUGAUUAAAUUGAUGAUUUCAUGCUUUUCUUCACUUAAAUACUGCAAAUCUUCAUCUGUAUUGACAGUUAAGGCUGGGGUCAUUUAAUUGACACUCUAGCCUGUGUUUUUCCUUGAUUUCUGCGCAUACAAAUACCGCACUUAUAUUAUUCUAACAUUGCCAAACUUCCCCUCAGUAACCCCGCGUCACGGCAUGGAUCGCGAACAGUUUCGAGCGGCGGCACACGCUGCCAUUGACGAUAUUAUCAACCACUUCGACACCGUACCCGACCGCCGUGUGCUGCCCACCAUCGAACCGGGUUAUCUCCGCCCUCAAAUCCCAGAGAACCCUCCCCUCGAACCGCAAAAAUGGUCCGAAAUCCACGCAGACAUCGAAUCUAAGAUCCAGCCGGGGCUAACCCACUGGCAAUCGCCCAAUUUCAUGGCCUUCUUCCCCGCGUCCGUCACAUACCCCAGCAUCCUUGGCGAAAUGUACUCUGCUGCGUUCACAGCACCGGCUUUUAAUUGGAUAUGUUCGCCUGCGUGUACAGAACUUGAGACGAUUAUUAUGGACUGGGUCGCUAAAGCGUUGGCUCUUCCGGAGUGUUUCCUCAGCACGUCCGCGAACGGCGGCGGUGGUGUUAUUCAAGGUACUGCGAGUGAAUCAGUUGCAACCAUGAUGAUUGCAGCACGCGAACGUCGCGCGCGGGAAAAAACUCUAGCUGAGGGAUUCAAAGACGGUUCUGUGGAGUAUGAGAACCGGGUGUGUGAGAAUCGCGCCAAGCUAGUCUCUAUAUCAAGUGAUCAAACACAUAGCAGCACCGCAAAGGCGGCGUUGGUUGCAGGGACCAGGUUCCGCAGUAUCCCGACGAAGCUGGAGGAUAACAUGGAAUUGACGGGCGAGGCAGUUCGGAAAGUGUUGGAAGAGAUUGAGGCGGAUGGGCUAGAUCCUUACUAUAUCACUCUCAGUAUGGGCACAACCAAUUCGUGUGCCGUGGACCGGUUUGCAGAAGUCAAAACUGUGUUGAGUGAGAAGGAGUCUUGGAAGCGGAUCUGGGUGCAUAUCGAUGCAGCUUAUGCGGGCGCUGCUCUUGUUGCGGAUGAGUAUCAGCAUAUUGCACAGAAUUUCGCAGAGGGAGUGGACAGUUUCAACAUGAACAUGCACAAAUGGCUUAUGGUUAAUUUCGACGCCAGCUGCCUCUGGGUCCGCAACCGUACCGACCUCACCAAUGCCCUUGACAUUACGCCAACUUACCUGCGCAAUCCAUACUCGGAGCUCGGCACUGUGAUAGACUACCGUAAUUGGCAGAUCUCACUAGGCCGACGUUUCCGAAGUCUCAAGAUCUGGUUCGUCAUGCGCACAUACGGACUCAAUGGCUUGAAAGCGCACGUCCGCAACGGGAUCUCACUCGGCAACAUCUUCGCCGACAAGGUGCGGAGUCGGUCUGACCUAUUCGAAAUCGUGACGACGCCUGCAUACGGUCUGACAGUCUUGCGAGUGCGUAAUCCUGCUGCUGCUGCUGCUGCUGGGGAUGUACCUAAUGGCACUUCUGAGCAUAAGCAUAUCGUCCAGGUCGACGAAAAGGCAAAUGAGCUAUCGAAAAAGGUCUAUGAGUUGAUUAACUCCAGAGGAGAAGUUUUCUUGACGUCAACGGUAUUUGCCGGGACAUACUCUAUUCGAGUUGUAAAUGGAAGCGCACAGGCAGAGGAAAAGCAUAUACUCCGAGCUUUCGAUAUCAUCGUCGAGACUACUGAGGAGGUCCUAAGGGGUAAACAAUGAUUUUGCUAUAUAGACUUGAAUUUGUAAAAUGUAUAUAAACUCUCAACUUACGGUCAAUUAGCUAGCAAAUUCUGACUUUUUGUUCUCAAC